AUGGAUGCUGAGAAAAGGUUCAAGUCAUUGAUUCUGUUCAUUCUCUUCUUCUUCCCAUUUUGCACGUCCCUUGUCACCUUGAAACCAAACCAAUCCAUCAAGGGUGGCCAAUAUUUGAUGUCCAAAGAAAAGAACUUUGCCUUUGGCUUCUUCAACCCGGGCAACUCUAGCUAUCGGUAUCUGGGUAUUUGGUAUUUUAAAGUGACAGUAAAAACUGUGGUGUGGGUUGCAAACAGGAACAAUCCUAUCAAUGGCUCCUCUGGAGUUCUCUCAAUCAACCAGUAUGGAAACCUUGUCCUCCGCGACGGUUCUAACCAUCUUCUAUGGACUACAAAUGUUUCUGUACAAGGGACAACCUCCACCGUAGCUCAGCUCCAAGAUUCAGGAAACCUUGUAUUGGUCCAGGACAAUAACAAGAACGUGCUAUGGCAAAGCUUUGACUAUCCUACAGAUACUUUGCUUCCAGUUAAAGACAUGAAGCUUGGGUUGAAUCAGAGAACAGGGAUGCACUGGUUCUUAACAUCUUGGAAGUCACAAGAUGACCCUGGAGCUGGGGACUACGUCUAUAAGCUAGAUCCUGAUCACUCUCCACAGUUCUUCUUGUAUAAGGGUUCGACUCCAUUAUGGCGGACUAGUCCAUGGCCAUGGAUCUCAUCAGCAGCAGAAACAACCUCGCCUGAUGUUAAAACCAAUUUUGUUUACAAUCAAGAUGAGAUAUCUUAUUCCUACUUUCUUGAUGACCCUUCAGUCAUUGCAAGAGUAGUGGUGGACAGCUCUGGAUUGUUCCAGCUACUUAUGUGGAAUGACGGUGAUCAUCAAUGGAAGGAACUCUGGUCAGCGCCUAGAUACCGGUGUGACAAGUAUGGGCACUGUGGUAAGAAUAGUAUAUGCAGUGCUGAGUAUGACUAUAGUGAUAGGUUCGAGUGUUCGUGUUUGCCAGGGUAUGAAACCAAGUCUCCGAGGGAUUGGAGUCUCAGAAAUGGUUCUGAGGGGUGUGUGAGGCAGCAGCCGGGGUUGUCGAUGUGUAGGAAUGGGGAAGGGUUUGUGAACGUGGGGUGUGUGAAGAUUCCUGAUUCACCAGAUGCAUCUCAGCUCGACACGAGUAUGAGUGGUGAAGAGUGCGGAAAGGGGUGCUUGAGGAAUUGUUCUUGCUUGGCUUUUAUCACCUUAGAUAUUGAUAGGAAGGGGAUUGGUUGCUGGACAUGGUAUGGUGAAUUGGUGGACAUCACAGGGUAUACAAAUGGAGGGUUUGAUCUAAAUGUUCGUGUAAAUGCGAGUGAAUUAGCUAAGACUACAAAGAAGUCCGAAGUUUCUCUUGGCAAAAAGGGGGAGCGGGCUAUUGCAGUAUCAUCUGCUGCAGUAGCAUUGUUUCUAUUAUCCUUACUAGCCUAUAUGUGCCUAAUGAAGAAGAGGAAAGCAAAAGCCUCUUUGCAGGAGAAUGAACUUGGAGAUGGUAGUGGACAUCCUGAGUUACUGCUUUUUGAUCUAAGAUGUUUGGUGGAAGCCACUGACAAUUUCUCUCCAACCAACAAACUUGGGGAAGGUGGUUUUGGCUCUGUUUUUAAGGGUCGAUUUUCUAAUGGACAACAGAUAGCUGUAAAAAGGCUGUCCAAAAGUUCAGGACAAGGAAUAGGAGAAUUCAAAACUGAAGUACUGCUGAUUUCAAAACUUCAACAUAGGAAUCUUGUCAAAAUUUUAGGUUGUUGCAUUCAAGGAGAAGAAAAGAUGCUGAUUUACGAGUACAUGCUCAACAAAAGCUUGGACUUCUUUAUCUUUGAUGAUACAAGAAGUUCAUCCCUCAAUUGGAGUAAACGCUUUGAAAUCAUCAUGGGGAUUGCACGCGGGGUUUUGUAUCUUCAUCAAGACUCAAGAUUAAGAAUAAUCCAUAGGGAUCUUAAAACAAGCAAUAUUCUCUUAGAUGCCGAGAUGAAUCCCAAAAUUUCAGAUUUCGGAGUUGCCCGUAUAUUUGACGGGGACCAAAUUCAAGAUAAGACAACCAGAAUUGUCGGAACAUAUGGUUAUAUGCCACCAGAGUAUGCAGUAUUUGGGAAGUUUUCAACAAAAACAGAUAUCUUUAGUUUCGGUGUCAUAUUAUUAGAGAUUGUAAGUGGCAAGAAAAACAACGGCUCGUAUCAGAAACAUCCUUCCCUAACGUUGAUUGGGCAUGUAUGGGAGCUGUGGAGAGAAGACAGAGCCCUGGACAUAGCUGAUUCAACAAUAAAUGAGUCAUGUGUUUCCCAUGAAGUCUUGAGAUGCAUUCAAGUUGGGCUCCUAUGUGUGCAAGAAGAUGUAAUGGAUAGACCAACUAUGUCGGCAGUUCUUCUCAUGCUGAGUAGUGAAGCAGCUGCUCUUCCUUCUCCUAAACAACCUGCUUUCAUUUUCAGAAGAGCUUCCAGUGAUUUGGAUUCAGUCGAAGGUGGAGGACUUUAUUCUGUAAACGAGGUGACAAUAACUAAUGUUGAAGCUCGCAUGUUGAAGUCUUUGAUUCUAGUCGUUCUUUUCUUCUUCCCAUUUUGCACGUCGAUUGACACCUUAACACUAAACCAAUCCAUCAAAGAUGGGCCGGACGGCCAAUCUUUGGUGUCAAAAGAAGAGAAUUUUGCAUUAGGCUUCUUCAGCCCCGGCAACUCUAGCUAUCGGUAUCUGGGUAUUUGGUAUGUUAAAGUAACAGUAAAAACUGUGGUGUGGGUUGCAAACAGGAACAAUCCUAUCAAUGGUUCAUCCGGAGUUCUCUCAAUCAACCAGUACGGAAACCUUGUCCUCUACGACAGUUACAACCGUUCUCUAUGGUAUGCAAAUGUUUCUGUUCCAGCGACAACCUCCUCUGUAGCUCAGCUUCUAGAUUCAGGAAACCUGGUAAUCGUUCAGGAAGGCAACAACAGUGUGUUAUGGCAAAGCUCCGACGACCCUACAGAUACUUUGCUGCCACGCAUACAAUUUGGGUUGAAUCGGAGAACCGGGGUGGACACAAUUUUAACAUCUUGGAAAUCACAAGAUAACCCCGGAACAGGGGAUUGCCUCUAUCAGCUAAAUCCCAACGGCUCUCCACAGUUCUAUUUGUAUAAGGACUCGACCCUGCAUCGGCGGAGUUGGCCAUGGCCUUGGUGUUCAUCGGUAGAUACAAGAUCGGUUGAUUAUAAUAUCAACUUUGUUUACGAUCAAGAAGAGAUAUCUUACUCCUACUUUUUUGAUGACCCCUCGAUCAUUACGAGAAUGUUCCUGAACAACUCUGGAUCGAUCCAGCUACUUAGGUGGAAUGAUGGUGUUGGUCAAUGGAAUGAAGUCUGGUCAGCACCCAGACUCCGGUGUGAGAAGUAUGGACUAUGCGGUCCAUAUAGUAUAUGUAGUUCUGACAAUAUUAAUACUUUCGAGUGUUCAUGUUUGCCAGGAUAUGAACCCAAGAAUCAAAGAGAUUGGUAUCUCAGAAAUGGUUCUGAGGGGUGUGUGAGGAAUCGGACGGGGUUGUCGAUGUGCGGGAAUGGAGAAGGGUUUGUGAAGGUUGCAGGUUUGAAGGUUCCUGAUACAUCCUAUGCCGUUUGGGUUGGCAUGAGCAUGAGCAGCGCAGAGUGCGAGCAGGAGUGCUUGAGGAAUUGCAAUUGCACAGGUUAUGUCAGCGUGGAGCUUAAUAACACGGGGACUGGUUGCUUGGCAUAUCAUGGUGAAUUGAUGGACAGUACAGGGGAUGAAGAUGAAGGGUGGGAGCUAAAUGUUCGUGCUGAUGCGACUGAGAUAGCCAAGUAUAAAACGAACACCAAAGGUUUUCUUGCCAAGAACCGGAAGCUGGUUAUUGCAGUAUUAUCUGUUGCUGUGCUCUUGUUUCUGGGAUCUUUACUAGCCUGUAUAUGGUUACUGAGGAGGAGGAAAACUAAAGAGAAGAGAAACAUGAACACUCGAUCAUUUAAUUUUACUGGUACCACAAGCUCCUUAGAGGGAAAUCAGCUGGAGGCAAGUGAUAGACAUCCGGAUGCACUUGUUUUCGAUCUAAGCUCUAUAGUUGUUGCCACUGACAAUUUCUCUCCUACCAACAAACUUGGGGAAGGUGGUUUUGGCUCUGUUUUUAAGGGUCAACUAUCAAAUGGAAGACAGAUAGCAGUAAAAAGGUUCUCAAAAAGUUCAGGGCAAGGCAUAGAAGAAUUCAAGAAUGAAGUCAUGUUGAUUGCAAAACUUCAACACAGGAAUCUUGUCAAAAUUUUAGGCUGUUGCAUUGAGGGGGAAGAAAAGAUGCUGAUUUAUGAGUACAUGCCCAACAAAAGCUUGGACUUCUUUAUCUUUGAUCAUACAAGAAGUUCAUCCCUGAGUUGGAAGAAACGCUUUGAAAUCAUCAUUGAGAUUGCUCGUGGGAUUUUGUAUCUUCAUCAAGACUCAAGAUUAAGAAUUAUUCAUAGGGACCUCAAACCAAGCAACAUUCUAUUAGAUGCUGAGAUGCACCCCAAAAUUUCAGAUUUCGGCAUGGCUCGCAUAUUCAAGACAGACCAAAUUGGAGACAAGACAACUAGAGUUGUUGGAACAUAUGGUUACAUGUCACCCGAAUAUGCAGCAUUUGGGGAAUUCUCAACAAAAUCAGAUGUUUUUAGCUUCGGUGUCAUAUUAUUGGAGAUUGUAAGUGGCAAGAAAAAUAACCAUUCUUAUCAGGAGCAUCCUUCCCUGACAUUGAUAGGGCAUGUCUGGGAGCUAUGGAGAGAAGAUAAAGUGAUGGGUAUAGUUGAUUCAUGCAUAGAUAUUGAGUCAUAUGUUUCCCAUGAAGCAUUGAGAUGCAUACAAAUCGGGCUCUUGUGCGUGCAAGAAGAAGCAAUGGAUCGACCAACAAUGUCGGAAGUUGUUCUCAUGCUGAGUAGUGAAACAGCUCUUCCUUCUCCUAAACAACCUGCUUUCAUUUUCAAAAGAGCUUCCAAGGAUUUGGACUCAGUAGCAGAGGAAGGACCUCAUUCUGUAAAUGAGGUGACAAUAACUAAGGUUGAAGCUCGGUAAAUGUGAAACUGAAUUUCUUCUAUACAGAUUUGUGGGAGUAUCUAACAUUUCUGUUUC